AUGCAUGGGCAAGAGUGGGUAUGGUAUAGUCUGUGGACACAUGUGGAAGGAGUGGCGAGGUUCAGGAGGGGCAUGGGCGCCAAGCAAGCAUGUGGGAGGGGGGGAGGGCGAGGCAGCUCUCAUUCCCCCCGUCCCCCUCCCCACCCCACCCUCCCCCGCCCCGUUCUUUCCCCCACCCCCUCCUCACCCCUCCCCUCCUCUCCCCCUCCCACUACCCCACCUCCCCCUUUCCCCCGACCCCAUCUCCUCCCCCCCCCCUUCCCCCCUCACCUCCCUCCCCGCCCCCCUCACCCACCCACCUCCCAGCACGCAUAG